GCUCAAAGCCUUGCAAUUAUUAGCUUUCAUUUUACUCUCUUGUAUUCAUUCACUCUCAACCUAUUUUUCUUACUCAUCAAUUAAUCAGAUAUGGAAUUCUUAUCUAUCUUUGUGGACAAGGUAACAGAUUGCUUGAUCCAGCCAGUUGCGCGAGGGAUUGGGUAUUUAUUUUACUACAAGAGCAACAUCAGAUCUAUGGAAGAUGAAUCUAAGAAGAUGGAGGAUAUCAGAAUUGGGGUGCAUCAACGAGCGGAGGCUGACCAGAGAAACUUACAAGUCAUUUCACUCAAUGUUGAGGCUUGGUUUACAAGUGUUAAUUCUACUACUGCAGAUGUGGCAGCUGUAAUGCGACGAUGUAGAAUUGAGGUUGAAAGAUAUGGUUGGUGUCCAAACUUGAAGUCACGUUACUCGCUGAGCAGGAGAGCUAAGAAAAUUGAACUGGAGUUGAUUAAACUUCGAAAUGAAGGCAAUGCUUUUGCUGUUUUCUCCUAUCCUGCUGUCGAAAUUGCAGUUAUACCUAGUAACAGUGGUGAGGAGUUUGACUCCAGAAAAUUGCAAGAGGAAGAGGUCAUGGCAGCUUUGAGAGAUGACGGGGUUACUAUGAUUGGGAUAUGUGGUAUGGGUGGUGUUGGUAAGACAACACUGGCUGAGAAAAUCAGACAAAAGGCGAAACAAGGAAGUUUGUUCAAUGAUGUUGUCAUGGUAAUUGUCAGUCAACAACCAGACCCUAAAAGAAUUCAGGGUGAGAUCGCAAGAGGAGUUGGGCUAACAUUAGACGGGGAUGAUAUGUCUAGUCGUGGAGAUCGGCUGCAUAGAAGGUUAAUGGAUCAGAAUAGCUGCAUCCUUAUAAUCUUGGAUGAUGUUUGGAAGGCUCUUGAUCUAAAGAGACUUGGAAUUCCAUGUGGAAGCAACCACAACCAUCGGUGCAAAGUGACAUUCACAACGCGUUUCCGAUCUGUUUGUGAAGCAAUGGAAGCUCAGAAGAUCAUGGAAGUUGGAACGUUAUCCGAAGAGGAAGCAUGGAUCCUUUUCAGGCAGAAAGUCGGUGAUUUUGUCGACGAUCCUUCUCUUCAUGACAUAGCAAAAGAGGUUGCCAAAGAAUGCAAGGGGCUGCCUCUUGCAAUUAUUACAGUUGCAGGAGCACUAAAAAAGCAUAAAAACAAGCGUUCGUGGGACUGUGCCCUUGAAGAAUUACGCAGUGCAGUAACAAUAAGUAUCCGUGAAGUGCCCACAGAGUUGUACAAUCCUCUGAGGCUAAGCUAUGAUUACUUGCAAAGUAAUGAAGCCAAGCACCUCUUUUUGCUUUGUUCCUUGUUCGAGGAAGAUAGUGAUAUCUGUCCUGAAGAAUUACUUAGAUAUGGAAUGGGUCUUCACAUCUUUUCAGCAGUAAAAAACUUAGAAGAUGCAAGAAAUAAGGUGUGUUAUAUGUUAGAAACAUUCAAAGAUUGUUUCUUGUUAUCCCAAGGAUCAGACAAAAAUUAUGUCAAAAUGCAUGAUGUGGUACGUAACGUGGCUAUAUAUAUAGCGUCUGAGGGCAAGCAUAUAUUUAUGGUAAGUCAUGAUGUGAACUCAGAAGAGUUUCCAAGAAAAGACUCUUACGAGCAAUACACUCACAUGUCAAUUGUUGCAAAUAACUUUGAUGAGCUUCCUAGCCCAAUCAUUUUCCCCAAACUGAAGCUUCUAAUGUUGAAACUCUGUUUUGAAGAGUCAUUCAAGUUACAGGAUGAUUUUUUUGAUGGAAAGAGUGAACUCAAUGUCUUAAGCCUGAGGGGAACCAGAUAUACGAAUCCCAUUGUGCCUUUUCCAGAAUCCAUUAAGAAGUUGUCAAAUCUGAGGACGCUGUGUCUGAGUGAACUAAGGUUGGAUGACAUAUCCAUUAUUGGGGAACUUGUCAAAUUAGAAAUUCUCAGCAUUAUAGAUUCUGAGUUAGAGGAGCUGCCAGUGGAGAUAGGAAAAUUGACCAAUCUAAUUAUGUUAGAGUGGCGGAAUGUGGAUAUAGAACUUAAAAGGAUUGCAGCAGGGGUCUUAUCAAGACUAGUUCGAUUGGAGGAACUACAUAUGAUGGAGGUAGAAGAUUGUAGUUACUCGACUUUGAGUGAUCUGGAAUCCUUAUCGAGAUUGACUACACUGACAUUAAGUUAUUGUUCCAGGGAUGUGAUCUACAGUAACUUGGUCCUUCCCUCCAAGUUGACACGGUACGCUCUUAAAGUGGGUGAAGCAACUUUAAGAAGGGAUGAUUACGACAAGAAUAUUGCUUUAGAGGUCACGGAGACCACCCCAUUGGGUGAUUGGAUCCGCCACCUGUUGAAGGAGAGCGAAUUCGUAUAUUCAACCGGAAAGGGCUCUAAUAAUGUGUUGACUGAGUUGCAGCUGAAUAAAUUUCAGAAUGUAAAAUGUCUCAGCCUCUUUGAUUAUGAUUUAGUGACGUUUUUAUGGAACAUCUCUGGGAGGACACAUGAAGUAAUUAAGUUCCCCAAUUUAUAUGAGUUGAAGCUUGAAUUUCUGCAAUGCCUCACUCACUUUUGCAGUGACAAUGUUGAGGGAAUUGAGUUCCCUCGGUUGCGGAAAAUGGAGUUCUACAGAUUACCUGAGUUCCAAAAUUUCUGGCCUACAGCCAACAACUCCAUCACUCACUCAAAUCCUCUUUUUCAUGAAAAGGUUUCUUGUCCCAACUUGGAAAGGCUAUGUAUCCACAGUGCUUCCAGCAUAACUGCUCUAUGCUCUAAGCAACUUCCAACUCCCUACUUUAGCAAACUUGUAAAAUUGGAAGUACAUAAUUGCAGAAAAUUGAGAAACUUGAUGUCUCCAUCAGUGGCUAAAGGUCUUCUGAAUCUCCGGGAACUAGAAAUUGUAAACUGCCAAUCAAUGGAAGAAGUGAUCACAAAAGGAGAAGGAAUCAUGACCUUAUUUCCCCUGUUGGAAGAGCUCAAGCUUCAGACACUGCCUAAGCUGGGGCAUUUCUUUCUGACGGAGCAUGCUCUUCAGAAUCCAUUUCUUAGAGAAGUAAAGAUAUAUGACUGCCCUGAAAUGAAGACAUUUAUCCAACAAGGAAUAUCUGUCAGUCUUGAAAGUGAUGAUGAGGUGAAAGUAAUGUUCAAUUCUAAGGUAUUUUGUCCAAACUUGGAAGAGCUAUAUAUCUCGGGGGCUAACAGCAUAAAUGCCCUAUUCUCUUACCAACUUCCAACUGCCUACUUCAGCAAACUUGAAAUAUUACAAGUCUAUCAUUGCGAAAAAUUGAGAUACUUGAUGUCUCAAUCAGUGGCCAACGGUCUUCUGAAUCUCCGGGAGCUAAUGAUAAAAGACUGCCAAUCAAUUGAAAAAGUGAUCACAGAAGAGGAACAACAAGGAGAAGGAAUCAUGACAUUAUUUCCCCUGUUGGAAAAGCUGCACCUUCAAACACUGCCUAAGUUGGGGCAUUUCUUUCUCACAGAGCAUGCUCUUAAAUUUCCAUUUCUUAAACAAGUGACGAUAUAUGGCAGCCCUGAAAUGAAGACGUUUGUCCAACAGAAAUCUGUGAGUACACCAAGUUUUGAAAGUGUGAACAAUGAUGAUGAGGUGAAAGUAGAUGAUCUCAAUAAAGCCAUGUUUAAUUCUAAGGUUUCUUGUCCCAAUUUGGAAAAGUUAUAUAUACGGAAUUGCGGAAAAUUGAGAAAGUUGAUGUCUCCAUCAGUGGCUAGAGGUCUUCUGAAUCUCCGGAGACUAGAGAUUGAAGACUGCCAUUCAAUGGAAGAAGUGAUCACAGAAGAGGAACAACAAGGAGAAGGAAUCAUGACAUUAUUUCCCCUGUUUGAAAACCUGCACCUUCAAACACUGCCUAAGUUGGGGCAUUUCUUUCUCACAGAGCAUGCUCUUAAAUUUCCAUUUCUUAAACAAGUGCAGAUAUAUAGCUGCCCUGAAAUGAAGACGUUUGUCCAACAGAAAUCUGUGAGUACACCAAGUUUCGAAAGUGUGAACAGUGCUGAUGAGGUGAAAGUAGAUGAUCUCAAUAAAGCCAUGUUUAAUUCUAAGGUUUCUUGUCCCAACUUGGAAAAGCUAUAUAUAUGGAAUUGCGGAAAAUUGAGAAACUUGAUGUCUCCAUCAGUGGCUAGAGGUCUUCUGAAUCUUCGGAAACUAGAGAUUGAAGACUGCCAUUCAAUGGAAGAAGUGAUCACAGAAGAGCAACAACAAGGAGAAGGAGUCAUGACAUUAUUUCCCCUGUUGGAAGAGCUGAACCUUACAAAAUUGUCUAAGCUAGGGCAUUUCUUUGUGACGGAGCAUGCUCUUAAAUUUCCAUUUCUUAGAGAAGUGGAGAUAUAUGACUGCCCUGAAAUGAAGACGUUUAUCCAACAAAAAUAUGUGAGUACACCAAGUUUCGAAAGUGUGAACAGUGAUGAUGAGAUGAAAGUAGAUGAUCUCAAUAAAGCCAUGUUUAAUUCUAAGGUUUCUUGUCCCAAUUUGGAAAAGCUAUAUAUACGGAAAUGCGGAAAAUUGAGAAACUUGAUGUCUCCAUCAGUGGCUAGAGGUCUUCUGAAUCUCCGGAGACUAGAGAUUGAAGACUGCCAUUCGAUGGAAGAAGUGAUCACAGAAGCGGAACAACAAGGAGAAGGAAUCAUGACCUUAUUUCCCCUGUUGGAAGAGCUGCACCUUCUAACACUGCCUAAGUUGGGGCAUUUCUUUCUGACGGAGCAUGCUCUUAAAUUUCCAUUUCUUAAACAAGUGGUGAUAUCUGGCUGCCCUGAAAUGAAGACGUUUGUCCAACAGAAAUCUGUGAGUACACCAAGUUUCGAAAGUGUGAACAGUGAUGAUGAGGUGAAAGUAGAUGAUCUCAAUAAAGCCAUGUUUAAAUAUAAGGUUUCUUGUCCCAACUUGGAAAAGCUAUAUAUACGGAAUUGCGGAAAAUUGAGAAACUUGAUGUCUCCAUCAGUGGCUAGAGGUCUUCUGAAUCUCCGGAGACUAGAGAUUGAAGACUGCCAUUCAAUGGAAGAAGUGAUCACAGAAGAGGAACAACAAGGAGAAGGAAUCAUGACCUUAUUUCCCCUGUUGGAAGAACUACACCUUCUAACACUUCCUAAGUUGGGGCAUUUCUUUCUGACGGAGCAUGCUCUUAAAUUUCCAUUUCUUCAACAAGUGGUGAUAUCUGGCUGCCCUGAAAUGACGACGUUUGUCCAACAGAAAUCUGUGAGUACACCAAGUUUCGAAAGUGUGAACAAUGAUGAUGAGGUGAAAGUAGAUGAUCUCAAUAAAGCCAUGUUUAAUUAUAAGGUUUCUUGUCCCAACUUGGAAAAGCUAUAUAUACUGAAUUGCGGAAAAUUGAGAAACUUGAUGUCUCAAUCAGUGGCCAACGGUCUUCUGAAUCUCCGGGAUCUAACGAUAGAAGACUGCCAAUCAAUUGAAAAAGUGAUCACAGAAGAGGAACAACAAGGAGAAGGAAUCAUGACCUUAUUUCCCCUCUUGGAAGAAUUGAAGCUUCGAAGACUGUUUAGUCUGGGGCAUUUCUUUCUUACGGAGCACGCUCUUCAAAUUCCAUUUCUUAGAGAAGUGAUGAUAUAUGACUGCCCUGAAAUGAAGACGUUUGUCCAACAGGGAAUAUCUGUGAGUACACCGAGUCUUCGAAAUGUGAAUCAUGAAUAUGUGGAGAAAGUAGAUCUCAAUAAAUGGACUCAACAGAUGUUCACUUCUCAGGUUUGUGUUGUAUAA